GAGCUGUCAUAAUGGUUCUGCUCUGCUUAAGGGAGCUGCUCUGGUCCUCUGGCUCAUUGUGCCCUGGAGCCUUUGCUGCCAUGUCCUGGCUGCGUUUCUGGGCCCUGUGGCUUCUUGUGUUGCUACCAUUGUGGCUGCUGGUCCAAGCAGCUCAGCCUCCGGGUUGGGCCCUGGACCCUGUGCAGCUGACCCCCAGACCCCCAGGGCCAACCGAGUCCUGGUCUUCGGAUCCCUCCAAUCUCCCUCUUGAAUUUCCCCAUCCACGUCAACAACUGAUGCAUCCUGUGGUUCCUUUCUGGUACACAGGUUCAGCUGGAGAGCUGCCCCCAGGACAAGAACUUUGGGACAAGCCUGGCCAGCAUGAAAGUUCACCAGAGGUGGUUCCGGUGGUGGAUUCCCAGGAUCAGCCUCUAGAGCCCCCGGAGAUGGAUGAGAACUACAAAGACCUGCAGGCGGCCCUGGCUGUGCCUUCCUUCACUCCUGAAGAGGCUGAGCCCCCAGUCCAGGAGGAAGCCCUAGCUCCAUCUUCAGCGCACCCUCAGGGGACACUUCCACAUCCCGGGCAGGUUCACAGUCAGCGUCCAAACCUGACUCAGGUCGCAGCUGCACCUGGGGACCUGGACGUUUCCGUACCUCGGCAGCCAGAGCCGUCUGAGACAGGUUUUCCAUCACUGACUCAGAAUUCAGUGGUGAACACCACCACAAACAACAUAUGUGAGCUCUGUAGCUGCACAGACGAGACGCUGGCGUGCGUUGGUCUCAGCCCAGAGCAGAAGCUCCAGAGUGUGCCCGUGCCAGAGCCCAACGCUCACAAUGGCACCUUCACGAUCUUAAAUUUCCAAGGAAACUCUAUUUCUUACGUUGAAGAAAAUACAUGGAAGUCAUACACUUGGGUUGAGAAACUAAUUCUCGGUGACAAUCAGUUGAGUGAAUUACAUAAGGACUCAUUUGAAGGCCUGCUAUCCCUCCAGUAUUUAGAUUUAUCCUGCAAUAAAAUACAGGCUAUUGAAAGACGUACAUUCGAAUCACUACCUUUUCUGCAGUUUAUAAAUCUUGGUUGCAAUCUCAUUACAGAACUGAGCUUUGGAACAUUUCAGGCCUGGCAUGGAAUGCAGUUCUUACACACAUUAAACCUCAGUCAUAAUCCUCUGACAACGGUUGAAGAUUCUUAUUUUUUCAAAUUGAGAGCAUUAAAAUAUUUAGACAUGGGAAAAACCCAAGUGACACUUAAAACAGUUGAGAGCAUCGUCAUGAUGAGCCCCAAGUUAGAAAAACUGAUUUUACCUAGCCGUAUGGCCUGCUGCCUCUGCCAAUUUAAAAGUAAUAUUGAGGUUUUCUAUAAUACAGUCAAGCUGCAUUGUGACAGUGAAUGUCUGACAAACAUCGCAUAUUGUGAUGACGGAACAUCUAUAGGGGACCCAGAAGGGUCGUUCAUGAAGGCAUUACAAUCCCGGAAGAAGAGUAGCAGCCCUGAGCUGACUAUCGAGCCAGAGAAGGCCGCCGCAGACAAAAAUGCCAUCAGUUUGUCAGCCUUCAAAAGUGAGCAAGAAGACUUUAGCAAGGAAAGUGCACUUAGCUACAUAUCAUCUUAUUUCUCUGGACAGAUGGAAGGUGCAGAAUCAGCAUUAUUACAAUUCAUUAAAACUUACAAACUUCUUUCAAACUUACAAGGAGGAGAUGAGCCUGUGGGGCAUUUGCGAAACAACGCAGAGAACACUUCUCUUCCACCUGGAUCCAGCAUUUCAGCUGACAAAAAUAAACAGAAAAUAAUCUCUGUUCUGGAAGAUAUCAUAGAUGCCAUGCCUCUAUGUUCCAAACUUCUGAGUCCCAGAUUUAACCCCCAAAUCUCCACCAAAACAUUGGAAACUGCCCUAUUACAAGAAAACAGCCCACCAGAGAUUCAGAGAGUAGGGAGGAGGCCGGGGCCUUUGAAGGUGGUCAUCAAGGGCCCAAAGGGCAUUCGGGAGAGGCGACGCAGACAAAUGAGGAAGGCAGGCAUCAACGGGAAGCAGAGGGCCCAGCUCCUUGCGGAGAGCACGGCCGAGAAAAAAGGGCUCACGACGGCAUCCCCAAGGGCGCCGGAGCAGCCUCACGUGGAGCAGCCCCCCAGGGAAACCGCAGGAAGCUCCUUCAACCCAGAGUCUUCAUUCCGAGGGGAACAGGAGGCAGCCGUCCCUUCUGUCCAGUACUUGAUGGGCAGGCCUCCUGCUUCCAAUACUCCAAAAUCUCUACCUGAGAUUAAACCAAAAUCGAAAGACCUAGCUGAAAGUAUUUUUGUUUUAGAAGCUGCAAGUGCUAGAAUGAGAAAUAUGAAGGCUUCUGAACCAACCUCACACUUAAGAGAAAAGUACCUCUUUCCUGAAUCUUUGCGGCAGGCGGGCCACAAAAUCCUCAAGGCCAAAAUGAGUAGACAGUUCAGCAGUAAAGGCUCACAGAAUAGCCCGAUGGUUGUGAACAAGCCUCCACUCACUGCAAUGAGCCUUAUAAACUCCCCUUCACAAGAGGCUUUUUCAUCGUCAGAACUGACUUUUCAGAAAAAUCAUUUUCCAGAUUUAUUUUCUCUUUUGGAUCCAACUCUCAAACUGACCGCGGAAGCACAACAGGAACACGACAAUGUGGGCGCUGACUUACCCUCCACAUCCACAGCCUUCCCUUUCCCAGGGAGCUCAUCUCCAGGUGACCACCCCGAAGCUCAGCUAAACGAGCAGCUGCGGUCCCUCAUCACCGACAGUGAUGUGAGAAGGCUCAUUUCUCGUGUUUGCUGGACUUUGAAAAUGGGCUGCUCGGAGACCCACCUGAAACCAGCCUGUGCCAAGCUCAUCUUCCAAACCGGCCUCCUGAUGAAGCUUCUCAGCGAGCAGCAAGAAGCAAAGGAGCCCAGGGCAGACUGGGAUACAGACCAGAGGGAAACAGAAAACUACAUCCACGGGAGUCCAGAAGCCCAGAGUGAACAGGAAGAGCAGGAGAUCCAUGAGGUCCCGAAAGUUCUGGUGCAUGGGUAUCGAAUCGAAGUCAUCUUGGCAUUGUCAGUGACAGGAGCAGUGCUGGUGUUGAUUAUAGCUUUCUGUCUCACUAAGAUGUGCUCCCGUAGAAGAGCAGCGCUGGAUGAAGAAGAACGCUCAGGGGGCUUCUUUCCACUUCCGGAUAAACCCUCAGAAGAGCGUAAGAAUCAGAAGGGCUUUUCCUGGAGAAGGCGGCUUUGGCUCAGGAAUAUGUACAGAACCGUCAGUCCCUCACGUGAGAAAAACCUGGCGCAGAAGCUACUUGAGACGGAUGGAGGGGAGCUCAGUGAAGUCGUAAUAGAGAAGGAUGUGACUUCAGGGUUGGGUGCCGGAGGGAGGAGAGUGAAGCCCAAGAUACCACCACAGAGGGAGCCCCAGCCUGCCCCGGGCCACCUACAACGCUUCUAAUAUUGGCUUCUCAAUAAAAUACAUAAUUUUCUCUCAUUGAAGUGUAUGAACUCAUAACCAAUCCUAGCCAUCUGGUAAGGAAUUAAAGUACAAAUUGUUAAAUACUUACAUGCAAAUA